CCCUUCUCCGCCAUUAAUCUAAUCAACUACAACCCCCCAAAAAGGACCUUCCCCCUUUUCCCCCCAUCCACCGCAUUCCCUCUCCUCUCCCCCAAUCCCACCACCGCCGCCACCAUGCUCCACCGCCGACUCCUCCUCUUCCUCUUCCUCCUCUCCCCUGUUUCCGCCGCCGACGACUCCAAACCCCCACAACCCAACCCUCCCCCUCCACCGUACCCCAUCGGCGAUAUUGCCCUCCCAGGCUACCUCUCCCCUCCCCCCGACUUCCCCGCCCUCCUCAACUCCGGCGAAACCCCUGCCCUCCGCCCCAGCCUCGCCGUCGUCGUCGCCAUCUCCACCACCGUCUUCUCCGUCACCUUCCUCCUCCUCCUCUACGCCAAGCACUGCAAGCGUCCCCCCGAAAGCGCCAGAAACCCUCCUUACCACGGCGCCAACAACCUGGCCAGGAAAAACUCCGGCGUCGACAGGUCGGUGAUCGAGUCCCUGCCCCUCUUCCGGUUCAGCUCGCUCAGAGGCCACAAGGACGGGCUCGAGUGCGCCGUCUGCCUCAAUCGGUUCGAGAACCCCGAGGUUCUCCGCCUCUUACCCAAAUGCCGCCACGCCUUCCACGUCGAUUGCGUCGAUACCUGGCUCGACGCCCACUCCACCUGCCCUCUCUGCCGCCACCGCGUCCAUCCGGAGGACGUCCUCAUCGCAAUUGACGACGGCGGCGACGAGGAGGUGGAAGAAGAAGAACGCCCCGCCGCGUCGUCACAGGCGGAAACCCAAAACGCCGCCGUGUCUGGCUCGCCUGGAAUUGCAAUCGAAGCCGAAUUGGAAGAGCCUCGUCAUCCGAUUACGACGGACAUUGAAACCGGAAAACCGGAUUCCUCCAUUAAUACCUCGGCCUCUGUCUCCGAACAGAGCUCCCGUCGAGUCGCCGGCAGGCAUUCAUCGGCGGGGGAGAGGGCGACCGGAACAGCGAGCGGGUUUCUCUCCCAGAUUUUUUCUUCCCAUAGGAAGAGCACUUUCUCUGGAAGCUCGACUCCAUCGGUGAGAAAGUCGAUUGCGGGCUUGGAGAAGAAGAAGCGAGGAAGUGCCGAUUCAGCUACCGUGGCCGUCGGUUGCUUCGACCGUUACCAGCGGAAGGACGGGCUGCUCUUGACCCGGCAGCAGCAGGGUGACGGAUCGGGUUCGGCAUCCGGGUCGGUCUCCACGGCUGACAGGGCCCGCUUGGAGCAUCGCAUAAUCGUGUCGGCCGGCCGGGAAAUUCAAACCCAUAGGUGGAGCGACGUACAGCCGUCGGAUCGUCUCUAUCUCCGGUCAGAAAUGAUCAUUAGUCGCAGCCGUGGGGUACAUUCGGAAAGGAGACCGCCGCCACCGCGGCCUCCGCCUCUUCCCCCGCCGCGGCGGAUUCCCGCGGCACAAGUACAAACUUCUUAGGUGUAAUGUUACUAUAGAUAGCUAAGCUGCAAAUUGGCUUUUUUUUGGUAGCAAGAGAAGAUUUUUGGGUGGAUGAGGUAAAAGAGAAAAUGAUUAUAUGCCCUUUUUUCUCAACUUUAAUGAUUGGUUCCUGGGUGUUCCGAUUUCGAGUUGGAUGAGGAAAGGAUUGCCCAAGGAACAUAAUCAAAUGAUGAUCAAUCAUCAAUCUUUCUUUGGAGAGGGACUACUACCCCGAAGCAUAGAAGUGGAGCCCUCGAAGAAAAAGUUCGCAACUUUAUGAUUCAAGAGGUUGUAUUGAGCAGGAUUUGGCUUAGCAAUUCUGUUUCUUGAGGAAGAGAAAAUGUCCUUUGAAAGGAUUCGAAGAGUUUUGUAGAUGUAAUGCAAGAGUAGUGAAUUGCAGGUUCCUUGUAGAAUGUACAAUAUGUUAGGAGGAUUAGGAUGGGCUUCUUUUGCCCUGUAUUUCCCUUGAUUGGUUUCCCUCCUGCUGAGAGGAAUCUCUAGCUCAAUGGAUUUGUGUUUUUUUGGUCCUCGUGCCUUGUGUGUCCCUUCCUUGUUACAAUGUGGCAGAAUCUGAAUCAUGAUCUCUCUAUCUCUGCAUUGUGCAGCUGAAUAUGCCUUGUGUUCCUCCUUUCAAUGGCUCUAACUGCAAAUGGUGGCACUGGAACCAUGAAAAGCAAGGAACACCUGCUACUGGGAUCAACAGGUUGCAACUUGCAAGGGAAGAACAAGCCCCCCCUGCCAGCGCUGCCACUGAACGAAUGAUCGAUUACUCGACUCGGCACAAAGAAGAAAGCUGAUGAGAAGAGCCAAACUAUAUAACAUCUGGUAGUGUGAUUAGUUGAUCAAUGCAGAGAGCAAGAGAGACCGGAGACAGCCUGCAUUGGAGGGAGCCCUGGAUCUCAGGCAGAAUUUAGUUGUAAAACCACGCAAAGGUGAGAGAACACUGGUUGAUUGAGGAUCAUUAAUGACGAUCACAUGGUUCCAGGCUGAAGUUUGCUUGUGAAUGUAGCAACGUAGGCAGCAGGGCAUCCACGUAACGUUUUACUGAUCUCAUUUACUGCUGCUUCUGCUCUGCUCUGCUCUGCCAACACUGAGAGUCUGCAAUUCUGCAUGCAUAUAUCCCAUUACUGAUUUGAGGUCCCAUCGUUGCCCGAUCUGUGUGUCUGCAUAAUGCAUAUGUAUAUUCCGAUUCCAUCACCAUAGCCAACCAUGAAUGCAUCGUUCUUGCCGACCGCCGCUGCCUAAUAAGUUAAAAUGGGGAGGAAGAGAGAGAGAGAGAAGAGAAUCGGGGAGUGAAAGAGAGAGAAAGAAAGGGACUGGAGCUUUUCUAGUUAGGGAUGGAUGGUGAAUGGAUGGAUGGAUGUACUUUAACUUGAAUGGUGGCCAGGUAAGGUACACUGUUGUUGAUGGCGGUGGAGCGAUCGUGAUUAUGAUGGAUCGACGAUUGCGCAGGGUUUUUUGGUUUGGGAGGUUGUGGGCAGAUUCAUACAGUUGUUGCUAUCACUUCGCCAUGCUAAAUACUAGAUUUUUACAGGUCGGAUUAAUACAGUUGUUGCAUUCGAG